UGUCUUCGUUGUCUGAGGAAAGACAGUUGUCUGCCGGGGACGGAGGAAGAGGUUAAACCGUCCACACAGUCUCAGUGGACGUAGUACCUUCAGGUUAGUUUCUACUGGGAACCACUGUGACUGUGACCAGAACAGAUAUGACAGGAGGAGCGAGGAAGUAGACGAGAGGCUGGACCACGAGGGUCCGAGGACGGGACGCCCAGAUAAUUCAGUGACCAUGGCCGGAGCGAGUGCCUCUGAGAUCAUCUUCAUUUCUGUCAAUCACAGCAUCACUCUGAUGGGGAAGGUGUGGCUCGUUGUGAUGGUUUUCCUCCGUCUCCUGAUGCUGCUGUUCGCCGGUUACCCUCUGUACCAGGACGAGCAGGAGCGCUUCGUCUGCAACACCAUUCAACCCGGCUGUGCCAACGUCUGCUAUGACCUAUUCUCACCCAUCUCCGUUUUCCGUUUCUGGCUGGUGCAGCUGACCGUCCUGUGCAUCCCUUACUUCAUCUUCGUCGUCUACGUGGUCCACAAAGUGUCCGACAGCCUCAGUUUGGAACCGAGCCCAUUCGGCCACGUCAGAGCCGUGCCCCUGUUCAAAAUUCAGCAUCCGACGUCUGUGAACAGAACACGUUUCAUGGGAGCGUACGUCCUCCAGCUGAUGUUCAGAACUUUACUGGAGGCCGGGUUCGGAGCGGCUCACUACUACCUGUUUGGAUUCUACGUUCCCAAGAGGUUCCUGUGCCAGCACCCGCCCUGUACGACCCAGGUGGACUGUUACAUCUCCAGACCCACGGAGAAGACUGCCAUGCUCAACUUCAUGCUCGGAGUGGCCGCUCUGUCCUUACUUCUAGACGUGCUAGAUUUCGUCAGCGCUAUCAAUCGCUCGGUGCGGCAGAAGAAGAAGAACAAGAAGACGAGGGCUGAGAAAAGAUACGAGGAGGAGUGUUGUUCCCACUUGGGCGAGGAUGCUUUAAAGGGAACGGAGACCUCUGUGGCCCAGCAGGAUGGACAAGGAGGAGCUGGUCGAACUGCCAGUUUCCGGAAGAGGCGAGGGAGUGGAGGAGGAGGAGAAGCAGGAGGAAGAGGAGGAGGGCUCUCUUCAACUCAGGAACAACCUUGCCUGGUGCGCUCUGUUUCUCACUCUUCAGAGCCUCUGGGUUGCAACACCAAUGGAAACAACGGUUAUUCUCUCACCUUGGAGGAGGCUCCGGAAAGAUCCAGCAGCGAGGCGGCACUCUGUCCGCCGGAGCCGAUGGGAACGCCCAGAUCCAUCCGCGUUAACAAACGCAGUCGACUCAAACCACCUCCUCCGCCCAGACGAGACCUCGGGUCGACCACAGGCCUAAGUGGGGAUGUCCCCACGACAGCGACCUGUACGAGGAAAGCGGGUCAGUACACGCUGGUCGAGCUGGGCGGUGGUAAAGAGUCGCACAACAACGACGACGGACAGGAGAAAAAAUCCGAGUGGGUUUGACGUUUAGUUCCACUGGAACAGUGACGCAGUGGAAUGACCUGAAGUUUACAGUUGCACUGGUGGUGUUUUUUAAGGCUCGCUCUGGGGAGGAAAAUUGAUUUCUUAGCAGGAGAUUUUUGCCUGUCAAAUAUGUUGGGAUAUGAGUGGAAUUGUGGCUGAUCAGAACGUAAUUUUCAAAAACAUUUGAUCAGAACAAGGGAGAAGGGCUCCUGGAUUCUUUUCCACGUUUUUUAAAAUCGAGUGCUCCCAUUUUGACAUCACAAAUAUCUGGCAACCACAGAGAAUUAUUUUUUUAGUCAUGUGAUCAGCUUAGA